GAGCGCGGGGCGCGGGGCGCAGAGCGGGCACGGAGCCGGGCGCGGCAGUGUGUGCGCUGAGCUCGGGUCUGAACAUCCUGAGAGCCCAUGGGCGUGGCACUGACAAGGUCUGCGCAGUGGACAGCUGCGGGGCACGGGGCUAGGACCUUGGAAACUACCCCUCUCAAUGAGGCGAUAUUGGAGGAAAUUAUUAUGUUUGUGGAGAGUUUUAUCUAUAAACAUCCCCAAGAGGCAAACUAUGUUUUUGUAGAACCACUGGAAUGGAAAACAAAUUUGGAUCCCCCAGCCUUUGGAUCAGGUUAUGUUGUCAGUGAAACAACAGUCAAAUCAGAAGAAGUUGAUAAAAAUGGACAGCCUUUGCUAUUUCUCUCUGUACCACAAAUUAAAAUUAGGAGCUUUGGGCAGCUGGCACGCAUGUUGUAUGUUGCCAAAAAUACAAAGCUGAAGGAAGCACAAGCAUGUAUUGAAGCAAACAGAAAUCCUGUAGCAAAAAUCCUGGGCUUGGAUUAUAAUAUGAUAAAUGAAAUAAAUGAAGACUCAUCUGAAUUAACUAUUCUUGAUGAAAUGAGCAAAGAUGCUGACCCCGAGAGGGAGAGUAAGAUGGAGGUUGCCUUGCUACUCAAGCAGCUGGAUCUGCACCUACUCAAUCAUUCUCUGAAUCAUAUUUCCUUAGAAAUACGGUUAAAUCCAAGGACUGUUAAGAAUGAUAUAGAGCUGCUUAAACGGUUCUCAGGAAAGGAAGAACAGACAGUCUUGGAGUCUAUCGAGUAUACCUCAGAUUAUGAAUUUUCUAAUGGAUGUCGAGCCCCACCUUGGAGACAGAUUCAAGGGGAAAUUUGCUACGUGCUGGUGAAACCACAUGAUGGCGAAACUCUGUGCGUUACUUGUAGCAAAGAAGGAGUGUUUUUAAAUGGCGGCAAAACAGAGGAUGAGGGGGAAAUUAAUUAUGAGAGAAAAGGUGAAAUUUAUAAAGACCUCAUCACACUUUUAAGAGAAAAAUCAGCCAUAUUUUCAGAAAAUAUGUCGAAACAGGAGGUUGGAUUCAAUGAAGAAGAGCAAAAGAAAAAGGACCGGCCUAAUGAGGCACCUAAGGAGGAAGUGGCUGCUUCCUGUAAAGCUAGUGCUGCUUCCUGCAGGAGCGCACUGGAGAAGAACCGAAUUAAUUUGGGAAGGAGUCAGCUGACCAAGAGAUUGGAGCCGAGUUUAAAUUGGAAGACCACUAUUGAUGCCAAAGAGAACAAAAGUUCACUAAGAGACACCCAAGAAGAAAAACAUGGGGGAAGACUCGAAAAGUCCAGAUCAUCUAUUUCACCUGGAAGAGUACAGUUAAUUCGUAAGAAUGCUGAGAAGAUUGAGGAAAUUAUUAGCGAGAGCUCCUCAGAGAGUGAGGAGGAUGAAGAACCACCUGAACAUCGUCAGGAAGCAAAUGCAGAUUUGCCAUCAGAAUACUGGCAAAUUCAGAAGCUGGUGAAAUAUUUGAAGGGAGGAAAUCAGACAGCUACCGUGAUUGCAUUGUGUUCAAUGAAGGAUUUCAACUUAGCACAAGAGACCUGCCAGCUGGCAAUCAGGGAUGUUGGAGGCCUUGAAGUUUUAAUAAAUUUACUUGAGACGGAUGAAGUCAAAUGUAAGAUUGGUUCAUUAAAAAUCCUGAAGGAAAUCAGUCAUAAUCCUCAAAUCAGACGUAAUAUUGUUGACCUUGGGGGCUUACCAAUUAUGGUUAAUACACUUGAUUCUCCACAUAAGAGUCUGAAAUGUUUGGCAGCCGAGACGAUUGCAAACGUUGCCAAGUUCAGGAGAGCCCGGCAGGCAGUGAGACGCCACGGGGGCAUCACCAAACUGGUCGCUCUGCUUGACUGUGGGCAGCAUUCUGCAGAACCCACCCAGUCCAGCCUGUACGAGACCCGAGAUGUGGAGGUGGCCCGCUGCGGGGCGCUGGCUCUGUGGAGCUGCAGCAAGAGCUACGCCAAUAAAGAAGCCAUCCGUAAAGCGGGGGGCAUCCCCUUGUUGGCCCGGUUACUAAAGACUUCUCAUGAAGACAUGCUCAUCCCAGUGGUGGGGACAUUGCAGGAAUGUGCCUCGGAGGAAAAUUACCGAGUUGCAAUCAAAGCUGAAAGGAUAAUUGAAAAUCUGGUAAAGAACCUGAAUAGUGAAAAUGAACAGCUGCAGGAGCAUUGCGCCAUGGCCAUCUACCAGUGUGCGGAAGAUGAGGAAACCCGCGACCUGGUGAGGCUACAUGGAGGACUCAAACCCCUGGCCUCUCUCCUCAGUAACACUGGCAAUAAGGAACGGUUGGCUGCUGUCACAGGGGCGAUAUGGAAGUGUUCCAUCAGUAAAGAGAACGUGACCAAAUUUCGGGAAUACGGAGCCAUCGAGACCUUGGUGGGGCUUUUAACUGACCAGCCUGAGGAAGUGCUGGUGAACGUGGUUGGUGCAUUGGGAGAAUGCUGCCAAGAGCACGAGAACAGAGUCAUCAUCCGGAAGUGUGGUGGCAUUCAGCCCCUCGUGAACCUUCUCAUUGGAGUAAACCGAGCUCUGCUUGUCAAUGUCACAAAAGCAGUCGGUGCUUGUGCGGUCGAGCCCGAAAGUAUGAUGAUAAUUGAUCGCUUAGAUGGAGUUCGUUUGUUGUGGUCCCUGCUGAAAAGUCCUCACCCAGACGUGAAGGCCAGUGCAGCCUGGGCCCUCUGUCCCUGCAUCCAGAAUGCAAAGGAUGCUGGAGAGAUGGUUCGUUCCUUUGUUGGUGGUUUGGAACUUGUUGUCAAUUUACUGAAAUCAGAUAAUAAGGAAGUUUUGGCGAGUGUAUGUGCCACUAUUACCAAUAUAGCAAAAGAUCAAGAAAAUUUAGCUGUCAUCACAGAUCAUGGAGUUGUCCCUUUGUUGUCCAAACUAGCAAAUACAAAUAAUGAUAAGCUGAGGUGUCACCUAGCAGAAGCUAUUUCACGCUGCUGUAUGUGGGGCAGAAACAGAGUGGCCUUCGGCGAGCACAAGGCAGUGGCUCCGUUAGUGCGGUACCUGAAAUCAAACGACACCAACGUGCACAGAGCGACAGCCCAAGCCUUGUACCAGCUCUCAGAAGACGCCGAUAACUGCAUCACCAUGCACGAGAAUGGUGCGGUGAAGCUUCUACUGGAUAUGGUGGGGUCUCCAGACCAGGAUCUCCAGGAAGCUGCGGCCGGCUGUAUAUCCAACAUUCGCAGGUUGGCUCUUGCUACGGAAAAGGCGAGAUACACCUGAAACUUACACGGACGUUACAGCUACCAAAUGUUACAUGACACAGAACAUGUCACCCCCAGGGCCAGGAAGCCUAAAUUGGGAAACAUUUCAUAGCAAAUCUUUUACAAACAGACAAAUGUCUGACUGAAAACACACACAGAAAUUUAGACAUGCAAAGGAUGCUGUUUAUCAAAAAAUUGUAUGGGUAUUUUCGUUCUAUUUUAGGGAUAUGCCACAUGAUGACAUGUAAAGCCAAUAUAUUUGUGAUAAUUUUCCAGGAAUUUGAGAAUAUAUGUAUACAGCUUGUAUAUGUAUAUUUAUAUAUAUAUAUUUCCGCGAUGAUUUUGUACUUGUGGUGAUUUUAAUAAAAGAUAUGG